CACCGAGAGCAGUGCUCCGAGUAAGUGAAAAUCCCUUCUUCUUCAGUUAUCUCACUGCAAGCAAAACCCUAGUUACAGUCCCCAAAAUUCAUGUUCAACGCUAAUGGACGGUCACUCCUCCCACCUCACGGCGCCUAACCGCUCCCGAACCUCCCAGUCUCCGUCCCCUUCGCAUUCCGCCUCCGCCUCCGCCACCUCCUCCAUCCACAAGCGCAAGCUGGCGUCUGACGACCACGCGCCGCCCUUCCCUCCCUCCUCCUUCUCCGCAGACGCCCGCGACGGCGCCCUCACCUCCAAUGAUGAUCUCGAGAGCAUCUCCGCCCGUGGCGGCGGCGCCGAUUCCGACUCCGAAGACGACUCCGAGGACGCCGCCGUCGACGACGACGACGAAUUCGACAAUGACUCCAUGCGCAACUUCACCGCCGCGCGCCUCGAGAACAGCGGCGGCUCGGCGCCGGCGGCCGGGGCGCGAAACACGAAGCUUAAGGCGGAGAAUCCGACCGUCAAGAUCGAGAAUUCCGAGGGCGGAAAGGACGGUGGCGGUGGGGCCGGCGCCGGAGGCCCCGCCGCUAACGCGAGUGGGGUCCAGGGAAUGGUGGUGAAGGAGGACCCGACCAAGAUAUUUACUGAGAAUUUGCAGACCAGUGGGGCGUAUAGUGCUAGGGAAGAAAGUUUGAAGAGAGAAGAGGAAGCGGGAAAACUCAAGUUUGAUUGCGUUUCAAAUGAUGGUAUUGAUCAGCAUAUGGUUUGGUUAAUAGGAUUAAAGAAUAUUUUUGGCAGACAACUACCUAACAUGCCCAAGGAGUACAUUGUCCGUCUCGUUAUGGAUAGAAGCCAUAAAUCCGUUAUGGUUAUCAGACGUAAUCAGGUUGUUGGUGGCAUCACCUAUCGUCCUUAUGUCAGCCAAAAGUUUGGAGAGAUUGCUUUCUGUGCAAUAACUGCUGACGAACAAGUUAAAGGUUAUGGCACUAGACUGAUGAAUCAUUUAAAGCAGUAUGCACGAGAUGCUGAUGGGCUUACUCAUUUUCUCACAUAUGCUGACAACAAUGCUGUUGGCUAUUUUAUUAAGCAGGGUUUCACAAAAGAGAUUCACUUGGAAAAAGAUCGCUGGCAAGGGUACAUAAAAGAUUAUGACGGAGGCAUCCUUAUGGAAUGCAAAAUUGAUCCGAAGCUUCCAUAUAUUGAUUUGUCAACCAUGAUUCGCCGCCAGAGGCAGGCAAUUGACGAAAAGAUAAGAGAGCUAUCAAACUGUCACAUUGUUUACCCUGGAAUUGAUUUUCAAAAGAAAGAAGCUGGAAUUCCUAAAAAACUAAUCAAAGUUGAGGACAUUCCUGGUUUGCGAGAGGCUGGAUGGACACCUGACCAAUGGGGCUAUUCACGGGCUGGCGUUUAUAGUGCUGCUACAGAAAGUGGUAAAAAGCAUUUGACUGCAUUCAUGCGCUCACUUAUAAAGUCGAUGCAUGACCACGUUGAUGCAUGGCCAUUUAAAGAACCAGUUGAUGCACGCGAUGUUCCCGAUUAUUAUGACAUCAUCAAAGAUCCAAUGGAUCUGAGGACUUUGUCAAAGAGGGUAGAAUCUGAGCAGUAUUAUGUUACGCUUGAGAUGUUUAUAGCGGAUGUGAAGAGGAUGUUUUCAAAUGCACGCACCUACAACUCUCCCGAUACCAUCUAUUAUAAAUGCUCGACCAGGCUUGAAAGUCAUUUUCAAAGCAAAGUUCAGUCAGGUCUCCAAGCUGGAGCAAAAAUUCAGACGCAGUGAAUUGAACAACUUACUAUUUGUUGGGUAUAUUAACAAUCCGGAGGUUAUUUCUAAUGUCAGGAUGCUGAAAGCCUCCACUAUUCAGAUUGUUGACCCCCCCGUAUUGCUAUGUACAGUACAAACAACAAUUAUUUG